AACAAUUUUUCUUUGCAUUACAAAAUUCUCGCAAAACAAAAUGGUUUCAAUCAAAAUUGCACUAUUUCUUUUGUGUCUCAUGGGGUUAGCCCUCGUCUUCCCCUCCCAUGCACAAAACUCCCAUCAGGACUACAUCAAUGCCCACAAUUCAGCUCAUGUAGCCGUCGGUGUUGGGCCUGUGACUUGGGACAACACGGUAGCUGCCUUUGCACAAAACUAUGCUAAUCAACGUAUCGGCGAUUGCACUAUGGUCCACUCCGGUGGUGGUGGGAAAUACGGUGAGAACAUUGCAGGGAGCAGCGCUGACCUUUUGGGAAUGGAUGACGUGAAAAUGUGGGUCAAUGAGAAGGCCAAUUAUGACUACAAGUCUAAUACUUGUGCUACAGGCAAGGUUUGUGGCCACUACACUCAGGUAGUUUGGCACAACUCCGUUUGCAUUGGGUGCGCCAAGCUGAGGUGCAACAAUGGCGGAACUUUCAUCGGUUGCAACUAUGCUCCCCCAGGCAAUUACGUCAGGCAGAAACCUUAGUAAUUAAUUAGUAUU